CGCCCCGUAGCCUACUCCGAUACCGAGAGAGGACAGCUUUCCCCAUUGAUGUCAAACGCAGGAAGCCCAAACCAGGAUAAUGGAAGUGAUUUGUUUUUUUAAUUGAAAUCAAAAUGAAAUUUCAAUUGAUUUUGUUUUUUACUUGCAAUUUGCGGUUAACAUUAUCCGUACUGGACUAUAAACCAAGACUCUUCGUUCGUCAAGACAGUGAUAAUAGUCUGUGGUAUAACCAGAGCCAGAGGAACACUGUGUUUUUUCACCCAGAAGACUCCAAUGAACUAUAUGUCGGAGGAACAAACUUUGUGUACAGGAUUAAUAUAGAAAAUGGCAGCCUUGUAGAGAACAUUCCGUUGACAGUCACUGGGGACCAAAACUGCAAAGAGAUUUCCUGUGAAAACGUCAUUACCGUCAUUCAACAGUUCCAGGACAGGUUGUUUGUAUGUGGUACAAAUGGAAACAAGCCGCUGUGUUGGAAGCUGCAUCCCCAGGUCGGAAAUCCAUCGACUCAGGUUAUUGAAACUUAUGAAGGCACAGGGAUUUCACCUCACAUCUACACACAGAACUCCCUAUCUCUCACUGUAGAGGGGGACCUUUACACUGCAGUGCCUCUGAACAGCGAUGGGAGCUUGCUGCAGUUCCGCAGGAAGAAAGGCCGAAGACCCACUGUCUGGAUGCACCCCGGAUGGGUGAUGGAACCCACCUUCAUCUCCACUAGCUGGGUCAGACGUAAGGAGGACAAAGACCAGGAGAAGAUCUAUUUGUUCUUCAGGGAGAAGAACUCAGACAGCAGUCCAGAUGCAGACCCCUGGAUAUCAAGAGUUGCCCGUGUGUGCAAGGUGGAUGAGGGCGGUCCGAAGAGAUUCUUCCAGAACAUAUGGACAUCGUUCCUGAAGGCGAGGCUGGUGUGUGGGAUCCCCAGCGAGUCACUGUACUUCAACCGCCUGCAGGACAUCUACGUCCAGCACGCCGACGACUGGAAGGACAGCCGGGUUUAUGCCCUCUUCAGCAGCAGCUGGAACUCUACUGCUGUUUGCAUCUACUCCAUGGCAGAGAUCGAUCAUAUCUUUGAGAGCUCCUCCUUCAAAGGCUUUCAAGGAGAAAUCCCAGAACCAAGGCCAGGAACAUGUGUCCCGGACAGUAAGACCCAGCCUGUGAGCACCAUCAAAGCCCUAAGGGAUCACCCUGAAAUGAGCGACUGGAUCCAUCCCAUCCACCACCAGGCCCCAUUCUACAUCAGCGCCAAUAACUACACCAAACUCGCCGUGGAUCUUGUCUCAGCCGCCAACGGCGUUGCACACAGUGUGCUCCUCCUUGCUACUGCCCAAGGAAUGAUCCACAAGAUCUUGGAGGACGACUCUAAACCCUUUAUUAUCUCUGAGACACUUCUCUCGAAUCACACCACAUCUGUUCUGUCCAUGAACCUGAAUUCUAAAAGGAGGAAGCUCUUUAUUGGCUUUCCAGAGCAGAUUUCUUGGUUGGAUCUGCAGAGAUGCCAGGAUUAUAAUGGAUCUUGUGAAGAAUGUGUUCUUGCGCGCGAUCCAUACUGUGCCUGGAACGAGUUGGGGUGCACACCUGUCAGCCAUGUUGACAGGUAUUUUUCUUCCAGUGGAGGAAUUCAGAAUAUUCUUGGAGGCGAAACGAGUGUUUGUCCCAAAAAUAAUCCAGCAUGUACUCUCCUUCCGGAAACAAAGAGACCAAAGAGGGAUGCCCUGUCACGAACACAAGACCCUCCCGGAGUUACCUAUUCCAUCCCCCUGGGCGUGCCCUUUUACCUGUCCUGCCCCAUACACUCCCACCACGCCUUCUACACCUGGGAGUACGGGGGCCGCAGCAGCAGGUGCCAGCAGUCGGGGACUGACUGCCUCCACCUCAUCUCCGCCAUGAGCCAGGACAGCUACGGGAGGUACUACUGUGUGUCCAGCGAGCGGGACUACACCAUGGUGGUGAGCUCAUACCAGCUCAAUCCCAGCAGAGUGGAAAAGAGCGGAGGAGUCUGGGCCUCGGCACAGAGGCCCACCGUGGCUGUUCUUGUGGUGGCUCUGUUAGCAACGUCCUGCUAUUAGAACUAACAUCUCUCUUGCUGUCAUUAUCUGGUAGUUCUGUUUUUUCCUCAAUCUUAGCCACCUCUUAGCUUAGCACCGGGAACUCAGCGAGAAGCCGGAGAAACUCGUCCACGGCGGAGAGCAUGCUAGACAGUCUGCCGGCCAAUAUGUCUACUCUCAAUGCAGGCAGGACGCUCCUCUGUGCGCCCGUGUCACACAGGAACCACCGUCCGGAGGUGGUAUCUUGGAUGAACAGCAGCCUGCCAGCGUCAGAAAGUUAAAAAAUUUUCAACAGGUGGGCUUUGAGUGUGUCGUAUUUAUAGUGCUGCGGAGGACUUUUAAGGAGGCUCACCACUCUGGUUGCUGUUGAACUCCCGAGGGCCGACACCACAUAAUAAUAUUUCGUGGCAUCCGCGGUGAUCUCCCGCAACGCGAACUGCGCUUCUGUCUGGGCGAACCAAGCCGAGGCUGACUACUCCCAGAACUCUGGCUGCUUGAGAGGAACUGCAUUAGAGCUGCCUCUGAAAACAUCCAGCAGACAAACGUCAGGGUCACCAGUGUAGGAAUUGUAGGGAAGUAGAGACGGGCAAUUUCUCUCAGUUGACUACACAAAUGAGUGUGUCAUUUAUUUCAGCACACACAAUUAGCGAGCCAAAAAUGGCACUGCUCAAACAAUAAUAAACGUAACUUCUGUUACCCAGAAAGUACUCUUUCUUAAAGGGACCGUGUCUACCUAACACAGAAGAGCACACAAUAUAACUGCGUGUGGUGAACCAACAUCAAACCACCAAUUAUGGUGAAUUAUGUCCAAAGAGUCCGCUGCAAAGGCUUAAAUAAGAGUGCAAUCAAUUUAUUUUUAAUAAAUGUAAUACUGUUUUCUGCUGCUGUUGCUAAAUAAAGUACUGUUUAAUAACGUACACUGAAAA